GCCCGCAUUCGCGGUGACGUCACGGGACGCGGUGACGCCGGGGGGGGGCGGCCCCGGAGUCAGUCGAAGGCAGGCGGCUGCGGGAGCGGGUUCCUCGGGGCGCCUCUUGCCUCCAUCGCGUCUCCCCAUAGAGCCAGAGACCGCCAUGGCGUCUGAUUCUGGAAGUUUCAGCCAUUCUGGGGAUCAGCAACAGAGCUACGCAGGGUAUGGCAGCCAAGGAAACCAAAACUAUGGACAACCGCCACAGGGCUACCCUGGCUAUGAGCAGAGCGGGGAGAGUUCCUCUUACGGACAAGGUUACGGAAACUACCAGGGCAGCUAUGGACAGACCCAGACAGGAUCUUCAGGUUACGGGCAAAGUGGCCAGCAAGGAUAUGGCGGUGGAUACGAAAAUCAGAACCAAAGCUCUUACAACCAGGAGUCUUACGGCAGUCAGGGGCAACAGAAAGAUUCAUCUGGCGGCGGAAGGUCUUCCUAUGACCAGAAGUCCAGCUACGGGCAGCAGCCAGGAUCCUACAACCCUUCCUCCAGCUACAACCAGCCACCCAGUUCCUACGACCAACAGUCAGGGUACAGCCAGCAGCAAAGGCCUUAUGACCAGCAGUCGGGCUACAGCCACCAAGGGCAACAGCAAAGCUCCUACGACCAGCCCUCCUCAGGCUACGGCCAGAACAGAGGCUCCUACGACCACCAGCAGCCACCUCCACCCCCCCAGCAGCAGGGCUAUGGCCAGCAACAAGGCUCAUACAACCAGAAAUCGAGCUACGGUCAGCAACAAGGGUCGUCUUAUGGCCAGAGCCAGCCCUCCUAUCAGAUGCAACAGAAGGAAAGCUACAGCCACAACAUGCAAGAUGAUCGGCGAGAAAAAAGUAGGUAUGGAGAAGACAACCGAGGCUACGGAGGGCCGCGAGGAGGUGGAAGCAGGUUCGACUCUGACAACAGAGGCCCCAUGUCCGGCUUAAGCGGUGGUGACCGAGGUGGCUUCAAAAAUUUUGGUGGUCAAAGGGAUUACGGGCAGAAGCCAGACACGGAUCCAGAGUCUGAUAACUCUGACAACAACACCAUCUUUGUGCAAGGACUGGGGGAGGAUGUCUCGCCUGAGCAGGUGGCUGAGUACUUCAAGCAAAUAGGCAUUAUAAAGACUAACAAAAAGACAGGCAAACUUAUGAUCAACCUCUACACAGACAAGGAUACUGGGAAGUCCAAGGGGGAGGCGACGGUGUCCUUUGACGACCCGCCAUCGGCUAAGGCAGCCAUUGACUGGUUUGAUGGAAAGGAAUUCAACGGCAGCGUUAUCAGAGUCUCAUUCGCAACCCGGCGGCCUGAAUUCAUGCGCGGAGGAAGCGGGAGUGGCGGUGGGCGCCGAGGUUCCCGAGGAGGGGGCUUCGGAAGGGGAGGGGGCUUCCAGGGCCGAGGCGGAGAACCCAAAAGUGGCGACUGGGUUUGCCCAAACCCGAGCUGUGGCAACAUGAAUUUUGCUCGCCGGAACUCCUGCAACCAGUGCAACGAGCCCAGGCCAGAAGACGGGCGUCCCUCAGGCGGAGACUUUCGGGGCAGAGGAGGCUUUGGAGGAGAUCGGGGCUUCCGAGGACGUGGCCGAGGCGGCUUUGGCGGCAAAAUGGGUGGAAGGUUAGUCCUGAGCUUUGGGGGGGGGUAUUGACAUUAGUGGGGUUCCUGGUAGAACAGGCAUCUCCAAACUACAGACAGGAGGGCAAUGGCAAACCUCUUUUGGGCACAAGAUUGUAGGUUCACCAUAGUGUCGCCAUGAGCCAGGAAUGACUUGAAGGCACGCAGCAGCAGCAACAGCAACAACAACGUAGGCUUCCAUUCAUUGAGCCUCAGAGUUGGCUCUCUGAACUUCCAGUGCCAGCCUCCCACACCAUGUUGGCAUCACAGUGCCAUAACUGUUUGGGGUGAAAGGGUCCCCGGUGGGUGGCGUUUGCCUUCUCUGUCCUCCAUAGAUGUUUUAAUGGUGUCUGUAUUGUGCAAUGUUGUUGCUUUCCUUUGGAGGAGGGCCAGGUGCCGGUCUAUCACAGGAUUUUCCCUUUCUCUCUCCUAGGAAUGACUUCAGGAACGACCAGCGUAACAGGCCCUACUGAAGAAGGCAGCCGUGAACCUCCUCUUUCUAGUGGCUCCUCCUCACAGCGGAACGGCUGGGUUUUGCCUGCUGCUUCACCCCCCCCCCCCUUCGGCCUCUUUCGGAUAACGGAGUUAAACAUACAACUGGAUUUUUAAUUUAGGGGGAGGGACUGGGUCAGUCCUUUUCCUUUGAUUUGAUCUCUCUCUUUUUUUUUAGCGAGUCCAUCAAAAUUUCAUCUCUUCAUUUCCAACAUUCCCCCAUUCCCCCUCUCCUUCCGUCAACGAAAACUCUUCCGCAGCCCCUUCAGACAAGGAAGAAGGAAUACAAUUGUAAAAUAUUUGCCAAAACCUCUGGACAUGUUUUAUAAUACAAACAAUAAAAUCUGAUUGUUUAUUUGUGA